AUGUCUCGUAUAUCAUGCUUGGUGUUUGGGCUGUUACACUGUGUCAUACAUGUGGCGAGCGGCAACUUGAACGGAACAACUACUGAAUCCAACAGUAGCUACCCCGCCAUAACAGCUUACGGUGCCUUACCAGGAGGCUACAAUCCGGACAUCGUUCCAGGUAAAAACUGUGUGUACGCAGUAUCAACCUGUGACUUCGGGGCACUGGAAGAGGAGUGCCUGUCGCACGACUGCAUCAGUGCAGACAGACUGGGAACUGCCACGUGUGAGAAGUGUAACUACUACGGAAACUGUACAUCUGGAGGGGCUGACAUCACCUGUGAUGCUGAAGCAGUGAAACAAGCUAGGAGCCCAAGCACCUUCACAUCGGGGCAGGUUCGUUUCGCUCUCGUCAGGCGGUUCAACUUCCACCUGAUCCAGACCUACGGACCGACCCUGACCACUGUGAUCAUGAGCUGGACGUCCUUCUGGGUCAACCCUGAGGUGGUUCCCGCCAGGGUGUCCCUGAACGUGGUGACUGUACUCACCAUGCUCACACAGACCAGGAAAGUCGAGUCGUUUCCGGAGGUGUCAUACAUCCGUGCCAUUGACGUGUGGCUGUUCGCCUGUCAGUGGUUCGUCUUCGUGUCUCUGAUCGAGUACGGCGUGGUCCACUACUACAUCAGGCAGGCUUCCAAGGCAACGUACAAAGCUAAUGAUGUAUCUGACGUUUCUGAGACAGAAGGGCGUGGCUGCUGUAAGACUCUGACACCCAAGGAGAAGGCAUUACGUCACGACUACGCCGCCCGCGUCUGGUUCCCAGUGUGCUUCGCGCUCUUCAUGAUUGGCUACUUCGCAUAUUACGUCAUCGAUUGGGUCAAGUACUCUACCGGGGCCAUAUGA